CUGAUUCCGGAGAAAACAGCAGCGGACUUUCGGCCCAGAAGUUGCGUUUGAUCCAUGUACAGAAGUGCUGACCGCUUCCUAAAUAUAUUUUUAUAUGGAUUUUAUAUAGGCUAUUUUAAAAAGGUGAUUUAAUUCUGCUGAACAAAGGAGAAGACGGACUUCCUGUUCUGCUCUUUCUUUCACCUUCAUUUUCACCUGGACAACAGCACGAUGCGAGAGUUUCACCUGAACGAUACGUGCACAAAUGGUGGAUCCUCUUUGUGGAGCUCAGUGACCCUUCUGAAGAGAUGAAAGGGUCUGUGCUGACACUAUGGUGUGGAUCCCAGACAGCUGUGUGUUUGGUCACCACAGAUCAAACUCUGAUCCUCACACACCUGAACAACAGUCAACAAACAGGUAUGCGAACUUACAGUUCCUACAACAUGUGGCUGGGAUUAACUCUUGCAUUGCUUUCAUCCUUCCUGAUUGGUGGAAGUGUCAUCCUCAAGAAGAAAGCUCUCAUCCGAUUGGCCAGCAAUGGACACACCAGAGCAGGUGAUGGAGGAUAUGGCUACCUUAAAGACUGGCUUUGGUGGGGAGGCCUAUUGACCAUGGGAGCCGGAGAGGUGUGUAAUUUUGCUGCCUACAUGUUCACGCCAGCCACACUGGUGACUCCCCUAGGAGCGCUCAGUGUCCUCAUCAGUGCGGUUCUCUCCUCCCACCUGCUGGGGGAGCAGUUGAAUGUGGUAGGGAAGUUUGGUUGUCUGCUGUGUGUACUCGGGAGCAUUCUGUUGGUCAUUCAUGCCCCACAAGAAAGAGAAGUCACAUCAAUACAGGAUAUGACCAAUAAGCUGCUGGAGCCAGGUUUCCUGGUCUAUGUUGUGGCGGUGUUGGUUCUGUGUGCGGUUCUGGUUUUGUAUUUCUGUCCGCGGUCCGGUCGUUCCAACAUCCUGAUCUACAUCGGCAUCUGCUCGUUGCUGGGAGCUUUCACUGUAUCGUCGGUGAAGGGCCUCGCCAUAGCCAUCAACACCGUGGUUUAUGACACCUCUGUGCUCAGCCACCCUCUUACGUGGAUCCUGCUCCUCACUCUCAUUGUUUCAACAGUAACACAGGUGAACUACCUUAACAAGUCUCUGGACACCUUCAGCACCCUACUGGUGUAUCCUAUCUACUACGUCCUCUUCACCUCUGUGGUCCUUUCCACCUCCAUCAUCCUCUUCCAGGAGUGGAGCAGCAUGUCUGCCGUGGAUGUGGUCACCACGCUGGGCUCGUUCCUGGUCAUUGUGGUGGGCGUGGCCUUGCUGCACCUGUUCAGGGAGCUGCAGAUUACAUUGAAGCAGCUGACCAAUCAGCUUUCUCAACCAAUGGAGAGGGAGGGACUUACAGACGAAGUCACAGCCAAUGGAAGAGGAGGAAGGAAUAAAAAGGAGGAUAAAUAUGGACUGAUGGACAAUGUAGUGAUAGAAGGGCUGCCUCCUAUUAGAGAGGAAGGACCCAGAGUCUUCAUAAUCAGCUGAAAAAGUGAAUUCCAAAAGUCUCUGCACUGUUACUUGAUAUUUCCUGCAUUUUUUUCAAACUUUUGCUGACAUCUUAGUUUAUGCUAUAAGUCCCUCCAAUUUCGCAUGAUGGUAUUUAACGGUACAGUACUAGUUGACCUUUUCUACCUUGCUGUAGUGCCUUAAGUUUGGGUCUGCUUUCUCUACUGGGCUGCUGUUUUUUGAAAUCUCUUCAAAAAAAACUGAGAUGGAAGACAUUUCAGCUUCUGCUUGAAGUGUUUGGUAACUGAAACUAGUUUCUUUCAGCUAAAGUUGAGUGUUUUAUUUUAUGUGGUAAAAUGACAAUUGAGGUACUAAUUAAAACAGAUAUCUCACAAAUGAGGUUAGAAAUGGGUCAAGCAACAUUUUCUUCUGAGUCAUUGUUCCACUUGUUUGAGAUUCAGUAUCGAUGAGAGCCCUUGUUGACAACUGCUUCUAUGGGGAAGAACAUAGACAUUAGGUCUGCAACUAAGAAUUAAAGUGAUUGAUCUUAUAAAAUUUUUUGUAACAAUUUAUUUGUCAGCAAAAAAGUGUACAUUUUACAGAUUUUUUAUUUAACUAUUUUGUGCUUUUAUACAAUACUAAAUACAUUAAAAUAUGCAAAUGAACAACUCAAUUACAUUUUAACAUGUAUAUCUUCUGCCUAAAAUAAAAUGCAAUGUAUUUUCUUUUUUCAGUUUUGACUGUUCUUUCAGCAAAAUUACCUUUCUUUGAAUGUAUGUACUCCAGUUAACUGGAUUACUAAAUUAGUUGGUUAAUAAAUUAAAUUACCGUAAUUUCCGGACUAUACGCCACGACUUUUGUUUCAUGCUUUCGACCCUGCGGCUUAUACAACGAUGCGGCUUAUUUAUGAAUUUUUUCUAACGGCCAGUAGGGGCGCUGGAGCAGAAAAGGUGAGUGUGAGACAGCUGGAAUAUAUCUGUAG